AUGCCCACCAGCGCAGCUCCAAAACGCAUGGCGACUCGACCUAAGAAUGCAACUCAGCAUCCAGGACAUAUUCUGACUGGGGGCGAAAACCGUACAAAAAGACGUACCAAAGCUCAAAAGGCCGCCGACGACCAACGUGAAGAAGAGGAGAAGAAGGCAAGUAAAGCAGCUGUACUGGAAACUAAUAAGCGCGUUGCGGCAUUUCAUAAAAAGAUGGAGACAGACCAAGCUGCUGCGCGUGCUGAUGCACCUAAGCCUAGUCGUCCUCGUCCUCGUCCUGUGAAAAAGGCUGUGAAAGCUCCAGAGACCACCGACUUGACUACGGCUGCCGGUAAGGCUGUUGGCGCUAUAGGCAAUGGUGGCAGGGCUGAUAAAUCAGCAGCCAGUGCCAAUAUUGAGCAUCCUGGGAGUGAAGAAGACGAGGAGUUGGAGGUGCAGAUGCCAGGAGCACGCAAGAAGAAGGGAAAGAGGAUGGUGAUCCCAGUGAAAACACCUGUGAGAGAUGCGAUUGAUGUGGCGGGUGCCCUCAUCGCCAACGAAUCAACACAGGCACGUGAUGAUGAUAAGUCGUCUGACUCGGAUGUGUAA